AUGGCUGGCUGCCCAACCGUUUUGCUAUUACUCAGUCUCGUGGCUGGCGUUCGGCUGGCAGAGUUCGAGCCGGCGGAGAGGACGGCGCGGCUGCAGAGCCGGCUGAUGUUGGAGUUUGUGGUGGGGCACAAACAAAUACCGAGGUUAACUUACUUCACCUGCCGCAAUCCCGCCAGCAAUGACACGGGCAAUGUGCACGCCACUCGCGCCAACCUGAAACAACUUUACGCGGCAUUCGAGGCCAAGAAUGCGCAGCUGAUUGGUAGCCUCUAUCGGGACAACGUGCAGCGCAGGCCCUUUGUGCGGAUUGUGAUGCUGGAUGUGCUGCAUCAGCCGAGGGGGAAGUCAGGCACUUCAAGCAGCGCCGAUUGGUUGGACAGCGUGUUGAGGGUGGAGGCGCUGCGGCAAGUUGUGGCCGUGGAUUUGGCAUGUGGCAUGCUAAGUCGUCGUUUCCUGGAGAUGGCUUCAGCCAAGAUGCUCUACAACGAUAAAUAUCACUGGCUAUUGAUUGAGGAUUAUGCGCUGCACGUAAGUGCGGGCGUGAUGCGGCCCCAACAGCAGCUGCAUCUGAUGGAUACGAGCACAGACACGGAUACGGAUGAGCUAGAGCCCAUUGAAAGCUUAAUGGAGACCCUGAACUUCUACAUGAACACGGAGCUAACUCUGGCUAAGCGAACGCCCCAAGACGCCAGCUAUUCACUGUACGACAUCUGGAGUCCCGGUCGCACUUACGGCGGACAUGUUAACAUUACGGAAAUUGGCAGCUUCACGUUGACAGACGGACUGCAGCUGCACAGUUGGUUUCGCACCACAUCGACGCUGCUGCGUCGUCUCAACAUGCAGCAUGCCCAAGUGCGCUGCAUGGUUGUGGUGACCAACAAAAACAUGACGGGCACGCUGCUUUACUACCUAACGCACACGGUCUCGGGCCAUAUCGAUACAAUGAAUCGCUUCAAUUUCAAUCUGCUGAUGGCCGUCCGAGACAUGUUCAACUGGACGUUUGUGCUGUCGCGCACCUCCACCUGGGGCUAUCUGAAGAAUGGCCGCUUCGAUGGCAUGAUUGGGGCGCUCAUACGCAACGAGACGGACAUUGGCGGUUCGCCCAUUUUCUAUUGGCUGGAGCGUCACAAGUGGAUCGAUGCAGCCGGCCGCAGCUGGUCGAGUCGGCCGUGCUUCAUUUUUCGCCAUCCUCGCAACACACAAAAGGAUCGCAUCGUAUUCCUGCAGCCAUUCACCAACGAUGUUUGGAUAUUGAUCUUGGUGUGUGGUGUUGCCACUGUGUGUAUUCUCUGGCUAUUGACCACCCUUGAGUGGAAGCUGGUGCCGCAGCAGGGUGCAGCGCUCAUCAAGCCAAAGGGCGGUGCUCCACGGCAUCAUUAUCAUCACCAUCAUCUGGUCGGUGGAUUUCGACAGCGCUGCUAUGCGAGACUGUGCAACUACAUCAGCAAGCGUCAGGCAUUGAGCAAGAGCUCAACUCGCGAAGGUCUCCUGCUGGAGUCCGUGCUGUUCUUUGUGGGUAUCAUUUGCCAGCAGGGCUUGGGCUUCUCCACCAGCUUCAUCUCGGGCCGCACCAUUGUCAUCACCUGUCUGCUCUUCUCCUUCUGCAUCUAUCAGUUCUACUCGGCCAGCAUUGUGGGCACGCUGCUCAUGGAGAAGCCAAAGACUAUCAAGACCCUGAGCGACUUGGUGCACAGCUCGCUGCAAGUUGGUGUCGAGGAUAUUGUAUACAAUCGCGAUUACUUCUUGAACACUAAAGAUCCCGUUUCCAUGGAGCUGUAUGCCAAGAAAAUUACCAAGGUGCCAUCCAACAAUGAGAAUGUGGGCGGCGCGGGUGGCGAGGAGGAGUCAGAGCCGCCGCCACCUGGGGCUGAUGCCAAAUCAUUUCGCGAUAUUGUGCACAGUCAUGAGGUUGGCGCACACGCCAAGGAGAACACAGCCACUAAUUGGCUAGAUCCGGAUACGGGCUUACGCCGAGUCAAGCACGAACGCUUCGCCUUUCACGUGGAUGUUGCGGCUGCCUAUAAAAUUAUUGCCGAAACAUUUGACGAGCGUGAGAUUUGUGAUCUGACUGAGGUCAGCAUGUUUGCCCCACAGAAAACAGUCAGCAUAACCCAAAAGAAUUCGCCCAUGCGCAAGGUCAUAUCGUAUGGCCUGAGACGUGUUACAGAGACGGGCAUCUUUUCCUAUCAGUUUAAUAUUUGGCAUUCGAGGAAGCCGCCCUGUGUGAAGAAAAUUGAGACAUCCGAUUUGCACGUGGAUAUGGAUACCAUAAGCUCGGCGCUGAUAAUACUGCUCUUUAGCUAUGGCGUUGCUCUGUUGGUGCUGGGCAUUGAGAUACUUUAUGCGAAGUGGAAACGUUGGGAAUGA